AUGAAACUGUUUUCAAUAAAUAUAGUUUUGUGUAAAAUUGAUGAACAAUUUAGGAAAGUAUGCCUGUGUCUUCUGGGUGUUGACGGGGUUGGCAAAUCGACGGUAGUUAAAGCAAUUGCUAACGACAAUAUCAGCGAAGUUUUGCCUACAAACGGAUUCUCACUGUGUAAAGUCAACUACAAGACUGUCAAAAUUGUCUUUUACGACCUCGGUGGUGAUGAAAGGAUAAGGGCUAUUUGGAGCAACUAUUACUCCGAAGUUUACGGGGUCAUAUUUGUGCUUGACGGUGCUGACAACACCCACAUUGAAGAUAACAGAGAGUUGCUAAGUGAGGUUUUGAGUAAUACUGACCUCAGUCUGAAGCCGCUAUUAUUGUUGAUCAAUAAGAAGGAUCGUGGUGGGUGCCUGGAUGAAAUUCAACUAACUGACAAAAUGGGAUUGCAUGACCUUGCCGAACAGUAUAGUGCUCAAAUCCGAGUGGAAUGUUGCAGUGCAGUUAGAGGGACAGGGAAAAACAUUGAUAAGUCAAUAUUGGAUGGCCUCGAUUGGCUUCUGGAUAGGAUAUUAGAAAAUUAUAGUAACUUAUCAAAACGGGUUUUAGAGGCACAAGAACGCUUGAAAAUUAGGCAACAAGAGGAUCGAAUGGAAAGGAUUCAAAGAAUAACUGGGAACUCUUUUAAAAGCGUAACGGAAGAAGAGAAGUCAAAAUUUGCUAAAAAACUGGUGAAUGGUUACAAACAGUGUAAUACAAAAACAAUGAACGGUCACGCGCUGAAGCCCAAGAAAAAUCUUCCGGGGAGAAUUAUUCCACGCUCCAAGUUCCUUAAACCUCGCGUGAUGCCUUUACACGGAGAAGGGAGUCCAAGAAGUAGAAGAUCAGCUAGCGAUCCGGAGUUGAAUCGAGGAUUUCAGAGCGACCCAUCUGUGCUUCAAGAAAGGAUUUUGGAAUUUGGGUUGUUUCUUUACUACCCGGAUUAUGAGGAUUAA